AACAUCAAACGUCAAAUUCACACUGUUGAUUGAGGUUAUGAAAUCAAUUUCAGGUGCAUAUUAAUUUAAUAAUUUUAAUAUAACCAUGAGUAAAAAGUUAAAAGAUUUGAAAUGGCAGUCUGUAACUUUAGACGGCUUUCCAGCGUCUAUGGGAGACAAAUUACAGGGAUUUAUAGGCUUGGAAGAGUGUACAAGCUACAGUCUUGAUAAGGAAAGACCACGCAAUAAAAAGAAAAAGGAGCAAAAGAAGCGCAAAAACACUAAAUCCGUAGAAGAAACAGCUCAAACACAGAUUCCAAAUAAAAAAACGAAACUUAGCAAUGGUUUCAUAGUGGAGUCCUGCGAUACUGUCACCCCUUCUCUUAACAACGAGGAUAAUACAAACAGUAAAGAAAACAAAAAUAAUACAACACCAGACACUAGCAAAAAGGGCAGAAGUUCAAAAACUAUAAAGAAACUUGGUGAGAAUAUAGCAGAGGUGGAAUCACAGUUGACGCCUGAAGAUAUGCUGUCAUGGGCGGAGUUCAAGCUUCCUGAGGAGAUCACGAGGGCUCUUAUGGAGCUUGGCUUCAAGCAGCCUACUAAGAUACAGCAGCUGUCAUUGCCUGCUGCUAUUCAUGGUCGUAGAGAUAUCCUCGGCGCAGCUGAGACUGGCAGCGGUAAAACCCUAGCUUUCGGCCUUCCCAUCCUCACCGGCAUCUUGAAACUCAAAGAGAAAGCACAAGCUAAAGGUCUAGACGUCUAUGAGAUCCCUUACAAAAAAAGCAGUAGAAAGAAACCAGAACCUGAACCUCCAAAGAAUAAAUUUAAAAAGAAAAAGAAUAAUAAAAUGAAGAAUAAGAAAAUUAAAAAAGAGACUUCUUCAGAAGAUGGCUACAGUAGUGGAGAAGAUGAGGAAAAGGAAAAAAAAGAUAAGAAUGAAGAAAUCAAAGAUAAGGGACUGAAAGAUGAUGAUUUUAUAGAAGAAAUAGAAGUGCCAGUUAGAAAGAAGGAUUUAUCAACAGAUGAAGGGAAUGACAGUGAUGACAGUGCGGAUUAUGUACAUCUUUCGGACAUCUUUCAUGGUGAUGAUUCUGAUGAAGAUGGAGACCAGGAAGAGGGUGAUGAACAAUCAGAGGACAAUAAUGAUGAUGGAAUUGAGAAUGAUGGAACUGGUGAAGACACAGACAGUCAAGAUGAAGUUGAGGGGAAUGAGGGAGGUAUAGGCUGUGUGAAGGUGAUAGAUGACAUCGAGCUGCCCGGGACAGAGACGGCGCGCACCGGCAGCCCGCUCUACGCUCUCGUUCUAACACCGACGAGGGAGCUGGCCAUGCAGAUAUCCCAGCAUUUAAAGGCUGUCGCUAAAUAUACAGGUCUUCGCAUAGCGACGGUGGUAGGCGGUAUGGCGUCGGUCAAGCAAGAGAGAGAAUUGAAGCGGAACCCUGAAAUAGUGGUGGCCACUCCGGGGAGGCUGUGGGAGCUGAUAUCUCGGGGGGAACCACAUUUACAGCAACUGUCGAGCGUCAAAUUCUUAGCAAUCGAUGAAACGGAUCGCAUGAUCGAACGGAACCACUUCGAAGAGCUCCACCCGUUGCUCUCGAGGCUCAACUGCGACGCGGCACAGCGGAGCUGGCGCCAGAACUUCGUGUACUCGGCGACGCUGACCCUGGUGCACGCGCUGCCGGCGCACGUCCGGGGGAGGAAGGUAACGAAACGAGGCAAGAUUAUAAACAGGAAGAUAGAAAAAAUGACUCCGAAACAAAAAAUCGCUCGACUGGUCUCACUCGUCGGCAUGACUGAACCCAAGGUCGUGGACAUCACCUCCGACAAUCUGGGCACUGCGGAGACCCUCACAGAAUGUAAGAUAGCGUGCGCCUUCGAACACAAGGACGCCUACCUCUACUACAUCCUGAACCGACACCCCGGGAGGACCAUCGUGUUCUGCAACGCUAUCGGCUGCGUGCAGCGGUUGGCUCAGCUCCUGUCUCUACUGAAGUGCCGGCCUCUGCAGCUUCAUGCCAAUUUGCAGCAGCGUCAGAGGCUCAAGAACCUGGAACGGUUCAGAGACGACCCGCAUGGGGUCUUAAUAGCGACCGACGUAGCAGCGAGGGGGUUAGACAUACCGAAUGUAGACCAUGUCAUACAUUAUCAAGUGCCUAGGACCGCUGAGAACUACGUCCACCGAAGCGGGCGCACUGCUCGAGCCAACAAGGAAGGCCUGACCAUUCUCAUGAUGGAGCCGCAGGAGGCCUUCAGAUAUGCCAAGCUGUGUAUUACACUUAAUAAGAAAUCCGAGCUGCCAACGUUCCCCGUGCCUCCUCUGGGCCUGGAGUCCCUGAAGGCGCUGGUGCGCGCGGCGCGCGAGCUGGACGCCCUGCUGCUGCGCCGGCGCCGCGCCGCGCAAGCGCUGGGCUGGAGGGAGAAGGCCGCCAGGGACAUGGACAUGAUCGUCGAUGAUGAUGAUGCACCCGUGAAAGACGUGGAGCCAGGCCUCGAGAAGGCGGUGAAGAUCAAACAGAAGCAGCUGAACGCCAUGCUGGCCCGGCCCGUGUUCCCCAGGGGGUUCUCCUUCAAGUACCCCACCCUGAACGAGCCUACUGCACUUUUGGAGACACAGGAUAAUGCCUUACAGGUUAUGAAGAAAGCGCUAGAAUCAGGGGAGCUAAAACGAGACAAGAGGAAAAGCAAGAACGCUCCGUUACUGAAACUGCAGAAAACUUUUAAGAGGAAAUAAACGCUGCUAAUUAAACCUA